AUGGCCAAAAGCAAAGGGGAGAACCCACGCUCUCGCAACCAGGUGCAACGGAUUCGUGAGAGCAUCCAACUGCGCUCCCUUAAGGCUAAGAAAAAAGUGGAAGACAUUACCAAAGAUGACGUAAAGACCUUUCUGAGGAAGAAUGCAUUUGUGCUGUUUACUAUUGGGGCAGUAGUUGUUGGUAUUAUGCUUGGAUUUGCGCUACGGCCAUACAAGAUGUCCUACAGAGAGGUGAAGUACUUCUCCUUUCCUGGAGAGCUCUUGAUGCGCAUGCUCCAGAUGCUGGUCCUUCCCCUGCUAGUGUCAAGUCUGAUCACAGGCAUGGCAGCACUUGACAGUCGGGCUUCAGGUAAGAUGGGAAUGCGAGCUGUGAUUUAUUACAUGACUACGACGUUCAUCGCUGUGUUCAUUGGCAUCAUUAUGGUCCUCAUCAUCCAUCCUGGUAAAGGCUCAAAGGAUGAGUUCACCCAGCAGCGGAAGAUUGAGCAGGUCAGCCCAGCUGAUGCCUUCCUGGACUUAAUCAGAAACAUGUUUCCUCCCAACCUGGUUCAAGCUUGUACACAGCAGUUCAAAACAAAUUACGUUAAAAGGAUUGUUCAUAUAAAGGUGACUGUGAAUGAGAGCUUGUUUAAUAUGACCAAUGAAACUCAAGAGAUUGCGCGAGAAGAGAUCAUCCCCAUCUCUGGCACCACCAGUGGCGUCAACGCUCUCGGACUGGUCAUGUUCUCCUUGUGUUUUGGUCUUAUCAUUGGGAAUAUGAAGGAAGAGGGCCAAGCACUCAGGAAAUUCUUUGAUUCCCUCAAUGAGGCCAUCAUGCGUCUGGUUGCUAUCAUCAUGUGGUAUGCACCUAUUGGUAUUCUUUUUCUGAUUGCUGGCAAAAUUGUGGAAAUGGACGACAUCACAGAAAUGGGAGGGCAGUUGGCCAUGUACACUGUUACCGUCAUCAUAGGGCUCCUCAUUCAUGGCAUGAUUAUCCUGCCCACCCUGUUUUUUGUUAUCACACGAAAUAACCCAUUCAUCUUCAUCACUGGUUUAAUACAGGCCCUAAUCACUGCCUUGGGCACUUCAUCCAGUUCAGCCACUCUGCCAAUUACGUUCAAGUGCCUAGAGGAGAACAACAAAGUUGAUAAAAGGGUGACCCGCUUUGUGCUGCCAGUGGGUGCCACCAUCAACAUGGAUGGAACAGCACUGUACGAGGCAUUGGCGGCCAUCUUUAUUGCCCAGGUCAACAACAUGGACAUGAACUUUGGGCAGAUUAUAACCAUUAGCAUCACAGCCACCGCUGCCAGUAUUGGAGCUGCUGGAAUCCCUCAGGCUGGUCUGGUCACCAUGGUCAUCGUGCUGACCUCUGUGGGCUUGCCCACUGAUGACAUCAGCCUCAUCAUUGCAGUUGAUUGGUUUCUGGACCGAUUACGCACAACGACCAAUGUGCUGGGUGAUUCAAUAGGAGCUGGCAUCAUAGAGUUCCUGUCCAAAGAUGAACUGCAAAAUAGUGAUGUUGAGAUGGGCAACUCUGUAGUGGAGGAGAAUGAGGUGAAGAAGCCCUACCAGAAGAUUCCUCAGGAGAAUGAGUAUGAGAAUGAGAAAACUCCAGACAGUGAAACCAAGAUGUAGUAGUGAUCUGUA